UUUUUCGCGCAAGACAAGCCAAGCACACAGCAAGAGCCAUGCAGGGAAGAGCACUUGUCGCAAUUAUUCGGCGUUUAGGCACUUCCCAAGCUAUGCCGAAAAAUAAAAGCAGCGCGAAGCCAGCAAGUAAACACGGCAAAUCCGCUGAGGAUACCAAAGGAGCCGAGCAGACAACCGGCGCUGUUUACAGUACGAACACUGGAACAGUUGCAAUUCGAGUACGCGCAAAGCCGGGAGCUAGUGAAAGUAGAAUCACUGAUGUCAGCGACGACUCUGUGGGCGUCCAGAUUGCUGCACCGCCCGUUGAUGGAGAAGCAAACACGGAACUAAUCCGCUUUCUCUCGAAACUCCUGAAUCUUCGUAAAAGUGACUUGUCGCUUGAAAAGGGCUCCCGCUCCAAAGACAAAGUUGUCUUGAUCACAGCACAAGUAAACGUAUCUGACGUACUUAGUUCGCUCAAAAAACAAAUAGGUAUCCGAUAUUAAACACAAAUUUUCGCCGUAGUUCUGCCUUUCGUGUUGUCACUUAAGGCUACAUAUCCCGCUUGUGGCAUUGUCAGUGUACAUAAACAAAUAAACAUCGUAAUGUAUGUUGUUCA